ACACUGCAAAAAUGGAGCAAACUGAACAACCAGAGCUUGGGAUCAAAAUCUACACUGCUUCACCAUCAGGCCGUACCACUCAGUACCCUCCAUCAUCAACAACCCCUCGUCCUGCCUCGGACCCGCCUACGCUACCCGUAUCCACGGGUGGUCCAAAGAAAAGGCGGGCCGUGGUUGCGAAAUCGGUCCAAAGAACCCUCUCUAAGACUUCCAUGUUAGCCCAUUUCCUCCCAACUGGAACCCUCCUCACCUUUGAGAUGGUCCUUCCUUCUAUCUAUGGUGUUGGUGAAUGCUCUUCGGUGUCCACCAUUAUGACUUAUAUCCUCCUUAUACUAUGUUGCCUCUCAUGCUUCUUCUUCCAUUUUACGGAUAGUUUCCGGGACCCGGAUGGGAAGGUUUACUACGGGUUCGUGACACGGAACGGGUUAGCGGUUUUCAAGCCAGGGUUGGAGGUAGAAGUGCCUAAGGAGGACAAGUAUAACAUACAUUUCGCGGACUUCGUGCAUGCUAUGAUGUCGGUUAUGGUGUUCAUGGCGAUCGCGUUGUCGGAUCAUCGGGUCACCAACUGUCUUCUUCCGGGUCAUGCUAAGGAAAUGGAGGAAGCAAUGGAGAGUUUUCCUUUGAUGGUUGGUGUUGUUUGUAGUUGUCUUUUUCUUAUCUUUCCUAAGGCUCGUUUUGGGGUUGGUUGCAUGGCCACUUAGAAUGGUGGCUUCUCAUCUUUCAUAUGAGUAAUGCUUUGUUAUUUCAGGUUUGUGUUGUUAUUUGUUAAUGUUGUGUUUUUUAGUAGUAAUUAAGACAUUGCUUUUAUAAAUCUUAGUGAUUGUAUUAAGUUUAAAUAUUUUCUGGUUAAAGCCCCGAACCUUUAAUUGGCAUAUUACCGAACA